CAACUCAUCAGAAUCACAUUUUCCCGCCCUCCACGCCCAACCAAUUCUGCAAUCAUGUCAUACGUUGAAGCCGCCUCAGGCGGAGUUGAACUCUUCAACAAAGUCGUCGACGCCGUCAAGGGUGCCGUCGGUGCCGUCGAAGAAAUCCAAGGCUCCGCCAUCAGGAUCAAGCGCGCGGCAGCCGCCGAGGCUCUCAGCGACCAAAACGAGUUCGCCGUCCGCGAGACCAUCAUCGCCAAGGCCAUCGAUGCCGUCCACGAGGUAGCUCCCGGCUGCAACAUCCUCAUCGUCGCAGACUACGGCCGCGACAAGAAGCACUUCAAAGGCGAGUGGAAGACGCAGCCCAACAUCGAGCUAGAGCUUCCCAACGGCCAGUCUGCCUUGUAUCGUCUUUACAUGUUCAACUCUGGCAAGUACGACCGCCCGAUGGGCCCGAUCUGGGAGGCGAACUAUAUUCAGUACCGGGGUGCCCAUGGUGGGGAUGUCAAGAGGGAGACGCCGGUUGGUUGCAUGUACUUGACGUUUCCGGAUGGCGAUGGUUUGGAUCCGAGUGCUGAGGAUAUUGAGGAGGAGGCUGAUGAUGGUGAGCCGAUCCCGCCUGAGGGGGAUGGGCAGGAGACGGAGCAGCCUGCUGCUGAAGAAGAACCGGCCCAGGAAGAGCAGCCUGCAGAGGAAGCUGAGCAGCCUGCGGAGGAAGCUGAGCAGCCUGCGGAGGAAGCUGAGCAGCCUGCGGAGGAAGCUGAGCAGCCUGCGGAGGAAGCUGAGCAGCCUGCGGAGGAAGCUGAGCAGCCGGCCGAAGAGGAGCAGCCGGCAGAAGAGCAGCAGCCUACCGAGGAGGGUGCUGAGGAACAGUGAGAGGUCGCUGUCGCUGAAUACUAGCUGGUGGAACCCAUG